AUGGAAGUUGAAGGAUCUUCCGAUUCAUCCCAACCAAUGAAACUCUUGUUUGUGGAAAUGGGUGUCGGCUACGACCAACACGGGCAGAAUAUUACUUCUGCAGCAAUGAGAGCGUGCAGGGAUGCUAUUGCUUCUAAUUCAAUCCCCGCUUUUCGCAGAGGUUCCAUUCCUGGUGUCAGUUUCGGUGAGAUGAAAUUGCAGAUCAAGUUAGGGGUUCCUCAUUCUCUCCAGCAAUCUCUAGAUAUUGACAAAGUCAAGUCUGUAUUUCCCUAUGGGAAAAUUUUGAAUGUUGAAGUUGUGGACGGCGGUUUGAUAUGCUCAAGUGGGGUGCUUGUGGAAGAGAUGGGCGACAAGAAUGAGGAUUGCUACAUUGUGAAUGCUGCGGUUUAUGUUGGUUAUUAA